UAUAUAUAUAUAUAUAUAUAUAUAUACACACACACACACACACAUAUAUAUAUAUAUAUACGUAGUCAAGAUGGGAUUGAUUGUAUUGUGUGCACUGUCUGGCCUGUAUCUCUACCUGGCCACAGUAGUGCGCACCACAUACGAGUACCGGUCUCGUAUGAUACAAACAUACUGUGCUUGUGCCUUGAUGGCGUAUUUGCCCACUUUUCUACCUAAAUACCAACUCACAUCGAUAACCAUAAGUACAUUUAUACUCAAUCUAACACUUCUAUCACAGCAUGUACUGCUCAGGAACAAACUCCCCACAGCGCGUAGUUUACAGUCUAAUCUACGCUUACAUCAAGCAGGUGUAUCCAGCACACACCAUAAUAAGAUCACAAGCCCGCUCACAAGCACCCACAGAGGCCAAACCACAAGCAAUAAACCAGGCAUAGGAAAUAGACCUCCCGUGAAUGGAGGCGCAAUGAGUCCUGUGAGUGAGAUGGAAAGAGACAGAGACGCCUACGCACCCAUUGACACACGUAGAGAUAGAGAGAGCUUCUCACAGCACGGAGGUUUGAGAAUGACGCAUAGCACACCGCAUUUGAUGGCUGUGCGAGUGAACAGUAAUUCGAUGCAGUCGGGCAAUCUGUCGAGAGAAAGGGAAAGAGAAAGAGACCGCGAGAGGGACCGCGAGAGUAUGGGCACCCACUUGCAGGUGUGUAUGUGCGGUUGA